AGCACCGCUUCAAUCCGCACACAAAACCCUCUCGUUCCUUCGAUCUUCUUCUCCGAAACCCUCGCCGGCGAUCUCCACAACCCUAAUGGCUUCCACCACCGCUGCUCCAUCGCCGAUCCAGCUCUGCGUCAAGGCCGCCGUUGGCGAUCCCGACACUCUCGGCGACUGUCCCUUUAGCCAAAGGGUUCUCUUAACGCUGGAGGAGAAGAAGGUUCCCUACGAGAUGAAGCUCAUCAACGUCAGCGACAAACCCCAGUGGUUUUUGGAGAUCAGUCCCGAGGGGAAGGUACCGGUCCUUCAGUCUCAUGGAGGCGAAUGGGUGCCAGAUUCCGAUGUGAUCACCCAGAUCAUCGAGGAGAAGUACCCUUCCCCUUCACUGGUGACUCCGCCUGCGUGCGCUUCUGUGGGAUCAAAGAUUUUCCCUUCUUUUGUGAAGUUUCUACUGAGCAAUGAUCCCAGUGAUGGCUUAGAGCAAGCGUUGGUGGAUGAAUUACGUGGUUUGGAUGAGCAUCUCAAAGAACAUGGCCCCUUCAUCAACGGGGAAAAUAUUUCUGCAGCAGACUUGAGUUUAGCACCUAAAUUGUUCCAUAUGGAGAUUGCUCUUGAUCAUUUUAAAGGAUGGAAAAUCCCAGAAGAUCUUACUAAUGUUCAUGAAUAUAUGAAGCUAUUGUUUAACAGGGAGUCUUUCCUAAAGACCAAGCCUACAAAAGAACAUUUGAUUGCAGGCUGGGCCCCCAAAGUUAAUUCUUGAAGUUUGCUGGAUAAAAGCUAUUAAAGCAGGUAAUAGCGCAUAUUCAUGUGUGUAUAUAUAUAUAUAUAUAGUUGUUACCCAAGUACUAUCUUAAAAUGCAGCUACUGGCAUAUUGCUGUCUGAACUGGUGUGGUUCUCCAAUCCAAUUUGCUAUCUUCGUAUAAUAAAUCUUUAUUGUGUUAUCUUUUUGUUUAAACUCUUGUUAUGAUUACUUUAUCUCAUUAUAUUUGAAUAACAUCUUAGCUGGUUGGAUUAGGUUUUA